UGAAUCUGGGCAGUAGCCCAAUAUCAAGUGAUAUAUUUUCAUUUUGAUAUAUUUUCAACUAUGUAUGUACGUAUGUACAUAUGUACAUACUAGGUUAAGCAGUGAAAUGUUGGAAAUCAGUAGGUGUUCGCUCUAUUUUUGCUUAGACGAAGCGUUUUCCGUCCUUACGAAUUCAAAAUACGGGCCAAGCGUUAAUCCCAACUUCUGAGACUUUCUCUGCUUGUAACGCAUGUAACGGUAUAUAUUUUAGUAUGAAUAUAGGCGUGCAUGCACGAAAGAAUGCGCGGUGACAAGCAAUUGAAAAUCCGAAUUACUUUUAUAUUGUAAGCGAUUAGCACUUUGUACAUAUCAAAAAAUGAGUGAGAUUGAGAGGAAGGAAGAAGAGACAAUCGAGGCCAAAACAUUUAGUGGAUUAAUAUUACAUACGAAAGUGAAAGUAAUAUUUAACACACUUUUGUACGUGGUAUUAGGGCCAGUAUUAUUAUAUGGAAUUUUACAUGCAAUUUUACACUGGCAAAGUCACUGUAUUUCGUCUGAAACUAAAACUGUCACAAUAGAAAAAGAAGCACCAAUUUUUUGGAUUUACGCCAACAAUACCGAAACUGGAUAUUUAAGACACGUACUGCUUGUACUUGAGCGACUUGGGUUUCAACGUGGCAGCAGAGAAUCCAGCUGGGAUCUGCUGUGGGCUCAUGAUUAUCCAUUUACUACGAUAUCAAAUGAUCUAACUAAUUUAAAACGUCAUCAGAAAGUCAAUCAUUUUCCUGGCUGUGGAUAUAUUACAAAUAAAGUACUCUUAUCUACAACGGAAGGAAAACACCUUCCUGCUGCUUUCAAAAUUCCAGAUGACGCAGAUACAUUUCUAAAAUAUGUUGCUCAUAAUCCAAAUAAGUCCUUUGUGCAAAAAUCCAACUCUCAUAGAGGAAUUAAGAUCUAUGAAACCAGUGAGUUAAAUCUUGCUGCUAAGGAUACUUUCAUCCAAGAAUUUAUUGAACGACCGUAUUUGGUAGAUGGAUACAAAUUUGACAUCGGAGUAUAUACAGUUAUAACUUCCGUUGACCCAUUAAGGGUAUAUACCUAUAAAGGGGAUGUUUUGUUCAGAUUUUGUCCAGUAAAAUAUUAUCCAUUUGAUCCUGAGAACGUGGACAAAUAUGUAGUCGGCGAUGACUAUCUGCCUAUUUGGAAAGUACCUUCAUUGCAAAAUUAUUAUUCAAAACUAGGGUUUUCGAUGAAAGAUUCAUUUGAUGCGUAUGUAAAGUCAAGAGGGGAAGAUCCUUGGAAAGUGUGGCAUAACAUUCACGAGGCUAUAAGAGAUAUAACUCUGAAGAAAGAGGCUCAAAUUAAACAAGUUGUGAAUAGAUAUGGAAAUGGACGAAAUUUCUUUGAAUUAGUCAGAUUUGAUUUUUCUUUGGAUGAAAACCUAAACGUCUUUACAAUGGAAGCAAACAUGUCCCCAAAUUUAUCAUCUGCUCAUUUCCCUCCAAAUCAGUUACUGUAUGAACAAGUAUUGUUUAAUUUAUUUGCAUUAGUUGGAAUUGGUCAACGGGUCAAAAAAAAUUCGUUGAGCAUAAGAACAGUAAAAGAACAGGAGAUGGAAGUGGCUGAUAAAAAUAUUGUAAUUGCGCCUGAACUUUGCGCAUUAUGUGAAGAUUGUUUUCGUCUAGAGUGUCAGCUUUGCAAACCAUGUUUUACGGAUGAAAUGAAAUUAAUAUUAACGCAAAGCUAUCUUGAAAAUCAGAAUAAAAUGGAUUACUACCGAAUUUUCCCUCCUUCGGUAACAGAAAUUAAUAAUAUGUCAUUGACAAACUAUACAUUGAAAAAUCAGUUACUUAUGCGAUGGUACCAAAGAAAAUGUGAGAGCGAUUUUACAUGGUGUACGUAAGUAUAAAUUAAUUUAACAUUAUUUUUGGAAGACUUAAGACAGUACAAAAUAUCUUAUCCAGAAGUAAUACAUAAUUUAUGAAUGUUUUUAUAACUAACAUUUUAUACAAGUAAUUUUUCUCUGAUUAUGUAUAUUAUAAGUUGUACAAAUAUGAAUGUAAUUCAUUAUUUUUGUGUACCUUAAUACAUUUAUAUUUAAUAAUAACCUGAAGUCAAAUAAUGAAUAAAGGUCCUCAGAAAUUA